AUGGCUCCAGAGAGGACCGGGAAGAGUGUCUUCCUGGGAAAUAUCCCUUAUAACCUUACGGAGGAACAGGUCAAAGAUAUCCUCAGCUCCGCUGGCACAGUUACCAAAUUCCGUCUUAUGAUGAACCCGGAGACGGGGAAACCAAAGGGUUAUGGCUUCGCAGACUUCGCCGAUGCAGACGCCGCCGCCUCUGCGGUCCGAAACUUGAACGACUUCGAGAUCAUGGGCAGGAAAAUCCGCGUGGACUGGCCUCACAACAACGAGAAGGAUUCGGUGCCCCCUGACUACUCGCAGACAUCUCAGAUGCCCAGUCAGGAUGUUCAACCCGGUCAGCAGCCAUCUGCGCCGCUCCCCCCUCUUCCUCCCGGUGUCGAGGUGCCGCCUCACUUGGAUUGUCCAAACGCUAUCUCUCAGACACUUUCGUCCUUACCCCCGAACCAGCUCCUUGACGUUCUUUCACAAAUGAAGUCUUUGGCAAUGACCGAUCCGGCCCGCGCGACGGAGCUCCUGCGACAGGCCCCGCAGCUGGCGUAUGCCAUUUUCCAGGCACUGUUGCUCAUGAACCUCGUCGACUACAGCACUUUGGGAGCAGUGGUGGAGCAAGCGACACAGCCAACCGCUGCGGCCGCUCCUUCGGCUCCCCCUGCGGCACAGCCUUUUCAGCCCUUCUCAGCCGUACCUGGUCAGAUCUCCACGCCACCAAUGGUCAAUACACCUUUUGCCCCUCAACCUGCGGCACAAGCGCCCCCCCAGCAACAGGUUCCAUCGCAAGAAGAACUUCUACAGCAAGUGCUCAGUAUGCCACAGUCAGCUAUUGAUGCUUUGCCACCGAUGGAGCGGAAUCAAAUCAUGCUUUUGCGUCAGCAGUUGAUGCAAGGAGCCAUGAGGUAG